AUGACGCUUGUCGAAGACGAGCGAGCGCUCAAAGAGCUCCGGAAUCAUCCCCAACGACGCUCUCAGGAAGUCUGCAUCAUCGCCAAGCGAUUGCUCAGGCUGCCAGACUCGGAUGAUCUAUGGCCUAUGCUGGAGCAAGUCGCUCUGUCCGCUCUCGACAUUGGACAGCUCGGUUUAGCGAGCAGCUGUAUUGCCCGACUGGAGAAGAAGUUCCCUGACUCGCCAAGAGUGGCGCCACUACAUGGUAUGCUACUCGAAGCAAAAGGCGAGGUCAUGCCAGCACUCGAAUACUACGAGGCGCAACUCGCAAAGACCGAGACGAAUACGGCUGUGCGUAAGCGGUUGAUAGCGCUCCAUCUUUCACAAGCCCGUCCGCCGCGACUCAGCGAGCAGCGCGGCGUCGAGCUCCUCAUCGAGCAUCUGGACACGGUCUACAAUGACAUCGAGGGCUGGUCACAGCUCGCAGAGAUCUACAUCUCACGCAAUAUGCUGAAGGAAGCUCUGAGUUGUCUGGCCGAUCUACUUUUACUCGUUCCACAGAGUCCGCUCUACGCGCUACAGUACGCCGAAACAGCGUAUACGAUGGGCCAAUUCGAGCUCGCCUAUCGCUAUUUCUGCAUCGCUCUCGAGUUGGCCGGUCCAGCACAGAAAGGCGGCGCAGGCAGACGGGCAGCGAUAGGUCUGAAAUUGUGCGCUGGCCGUCUCGGUAGCAACAGUGAGAGUGCCACAGCGCCAAAGGAGCUCAAAAGAAUAGAUGGACUCGCUAGCCAGGCUCUGAUUGACGCCUAUUCCAAAGAUUGGGAAAAAGUCGGCGACAGGGCUGCAGGUCACAUGGAAAGCAAGGCGCAUCGCCAAACUUGCAACCAGCAGAUACAACACUGA